AUUUUUUGUAUGCUUGAACAAACACCGUGAUGAUAGAGGUUUGAUAAAAAUGUCUUUUGGGUUGUCAGACAAGCAAGCAGUCUUGGGUCAGCACACCUGGUCAUCUGUGGGUCAUUGUGUACUCAUGGACCCUCACCCCUCGGUGCCACAAGCUUUCCAUCAUUCAGAGAGACUCAGAGAGAAGCGAGGAGCCUGAAAAUCCCUUGAAUCCCAUCAAUAACGGUUUAAUUUUAUUGACACAGUGUUCAAAGCAAAUGGCAAAACGUGGCAAAUAGCUUUGAGUCUAUAGACGUUGGUUUAGGUCUGAAGGCAGGACUUCACCUCUCUGUGUUCCCGUAAGUUGGGUAAACAUUUGGAGUUUCUGAAAGGCUUCAAUAGAACUGAGAAUAAUAGGGAAAAUCAUAAGUGGGCUAUGAGGAAUUAAUCAUUGAUUGGUGGUUUUCUGUAGCAUCUGAGCUCAGGGGUUGCUGGGAGUUGGUCUGGCACACCGAAGCUGUGUGGCCAACAAAUCCUCACGUUUGAAAAGGAAGAUAUUUUCUGAGAGAGUUAAAAUUUAUAUCCAAUAUUCCUCUUUCUGGAUAACUCUGUACUGGUUCGACUGAAGAUUUGAGGAAAGAUGAAUCCAAUAGUGGAAGCUUUUGCUUUCUUCCUGGGUUUUUUGGGCUGGCUGAUGGUUGGGGUCGCCCUUCCAAAUCGAUACUGGAAGGUCUCUUCAGUGGACGGUAAUGUUAUCACCACAUCCACCAUCUAUGAAAACUUAUGGAUGUCCUGCGCAACGGACUCGACAGGAGUUCACAACUGCCGGGAUUUUCCAUCUUUGCUCGCGCUUAAUGGGUACAUUCAGGCGUCCCGAGCGCUGAUGAUUGCUUCCAUUGUGUUUGGGACGUUUGGGCUCGUGGCUACUCUCGUAGGAAUGCAAUGCUCUAAAAUAGGCGGAGAGAACUACCUGUUGAAGGGAAGGAUCGCUGCAAUUGGAGGGGUUUUCUUCUUACUACAAGGGCUUUCCACCAUGAUUGCUGUGUCCUGGUAUGCAGCCAACAUCACGCAGCAGUUCUUUGACCAGUUUUAUCCAGGGACAAAGUAUGAGAUCGGAGAGGGCCUGUACAUUGGCUGGUCUUCAGCCACACUUGCCAUCUGUGGAGGUUCAUGUUUGCUGUGUGCCUGCAAAUUCAAGAACCCCAGUGAAAAAGUAUCGUAUCCGUAUCAAUCGUCCUCCAGAGGACAUGUGCUGUCAACUGUAGAAACGUCUGCACCGAGCAACUACGGACGAAACGCAUACGUCUGAAAGGUAACAGCACAAGACUGAAAGCUGCUUGGGUCUAUUUACUGGGAAAAUGAAGAGUUAAUGAGUCUAAAUGUACUUUGCAUUUACAUGAUAAAACAAUGUUUUAGAUUUAAUGUUGGGGGCUUAUGAGCUUUAUACAAUGUCAGUCUUUAAUGAAAUAUAUUUGCUGUUUUUCUCGUGUUUAUGCUGACCAAAUGAAACUGUAACCUAAUGAAAAUUGUGACUGUAAAAAUGGAAAGAAAACACAACAGUGUUGAUCACUGCUAGAGUUAAGAUUUAGCGUGAGGAAGACAAAUAAGUUGCUCACAUUUACCAUGUUUAGAAUGUGGUGGUAAUCCCAAAAUAGGACGAUUUCUUUCUGAAUAAACAGAAAGAAUAGGCUUUAAUUACUUUUACUUUGCUUUAAAUGUUGAUAAAAGAUGAAUUAAUUACAUGAAAAGAGUUUCAAGAAAACUAAUUAAAUCUGAGCCUCUAACUUCAAGGGACACACUACUUUAAUAACAUUGUUUUAUUUCUUUUUAAUACAGCUUUUUUGUACUCCAACUACAUCGAUGAAUGCAUAAAUCGGAAAAAUUGAAUUCUCUGAUUUGAUUUUCUAUAUUAGAGUUAACGGUUUGUAUAUAAGAUUUUGUUAGUCUGCAAAGUGUUGUAAUUGUUAAGCUUACAUAUGUUCAAACCUGCAAGAGGUUUUCUGGCUAAGAAAAACCGUCUCGUGUUGGACAAUCAUCCAGUUUGUCUGCAAACAGGUUAAAAGCUCAAAAAGUUCUUUUCUCUGAGAAAUAACAUCAAUCCAUCUCUGCAAUCUACUCUACAAUCUACACAUCUGGCUGGGUUUGAAGGAAAUAAAGGUUUUAUAUAACAUCUUUCAGAAUAUAUUUGUUGUACGAGUAAUUCUGGCUCCAUGAUUUUUAAAUGUGCAAAAAAUCAUGAUAGAAAUUUUUCUUUUAUACCUGUAAUCAAUAAUAGCUGGACUGCAUAAUGGUCCCAUAUUUCAUAUAUUCAGUCACAUUCUGCCUCCAACUAUUAAUCAAACACUUGAGUUCCAAAGUUGAAAUAAUUACAACAAGCAUAUCUUUUGUAGGUUUUAUGUAUUUUAUGCUGUAUUGGCACAUGUAUAUUUUGAAUGAAUGUAUGUUAUACGGUGAUUUUCCAUCUGUUCCUGUGGCUUUUGAUAUGUUUUAUACACAAAUAAAGACCAUGUUGAGUGACUGGAUGCACUAAUUCGUGAUGAACAAAGC